CUGCUCAAUUAUGUAGUGCCAUUUGCAAGCCUCCUUUAGGAAACAUGGAAAGUCCCUCUGCCAGUAGUAAAGCACUUAACAAUGAGCAUUUUGGAAUAAAAAGGGCAUUUUAUAAGCUCUUGUAACUACAUUCUGCAGAACAGAAGUACUUCUGGAAUAAAGGAUUUUACAGAGGAAAAUAGAAAUGAAGAAGGCUAUCAGUCACAUUCUGGAUCAUGGCUAUUCUGUGCUGGAUUCCCCCAAGGCGAAUCAAUCAUUCUCAAAAGUGAAUAAGUCCUUGAUAAAAGAACAAGAGGAAGACAAUGUGUCCAAAAAUGGCAAAAAGAUAGCAAAACAAACAUCCGAAAAGCCUCCACACAGCAGAUCUGAGGGCAGAGACAAACAGAGAAGUAGCUCAGUAGCUGUUCAGAAGAGCAAGGAUGUCAGCCCUUCAACUUCAUUGACAUUGUCAUCCAAUAACACUGCUCUCAUCACACAAACUGCUACCAGAUCUCUUCCGCUAAAGCAGAAAAUGCAUUUUGUGGAUGUUAAGGCUCAGCAUGUGCAAAAUAUCAACAAAAAAUCCAAAAGUAUAAAAGAUCUGGAGAUCCAACUGCUGCAAGUGGAGUGCGAAGACCUCAAAAAUCAGCUAGGAUCCCUGAGGGAAGGGCUGGUGGGGCAGAAGCCAGGUGACACGGAGGAAUUACUGAAACAAUCUCAGAAAGAGCUGUUGUGGCUUCAGAGGCAGCUGUCCUUUCUCUCCAGAGGAGGCCCUGUGUGUAUUUUGGCAGCUAGCAAGUUUGGAAAUGAUCCAUCAUGUCUACAGCCUGCAACAUCACAGAAAAUAUUUGAUCAGACCCAACUUUUAGAAGAGACCCAGGUUUCUAAGUCUCAUGUCACCACUAUAAAUCAAGAGAAUCAUCACUGGAAGCUUUUAGAAAAUGAACUGAAGGAUGCUGUGCAAGAAAAGAGUCGCUUGAGCCAUCAGUAUGCAAGUGUGUCCCAAAAAGCACUGCAAUAUGACCAGGUAAAAUCAGACUAUGACCAUCUUAGAGAAACCCUUCUCAGAGUGACCAAAGAACGAGAUUUGGCUGUAAAGGGAAAACACCAGCUCCAAGCCAAGCUGGAGAACUUAGAGCAGGUCCUAAAGCAUAUGCGAGAGGCUGCUGAACGGCGGCAACAGCUGGAGUUGGAGCAUGAGCAAGCCUUGGCUGUCCUCAACGCCAAACAGCAGGAAAUUGAGCUCCUGCAGAAGGCUCAGGUUGAAGCUAAGAAGGAACAUGAAGGAGCAGUUCAGUUGCUAGAGGCCAAGGUCCGAGAGCUAGAGGAGAAAUGCCGGACCCAGAGUGAGCAAUUUAACCUCCUGUCCAGAGAACUGGAGAAGUUCCGACAGCAAGCAGGGAAGAUUGAUCUCCUGAGCAGUAACUCCGUGGCAUCCUCAGAUAUCUCUGGUUCUCCUGGUAAAUCUCUGUCCCAGUUAAUGAAUGGAAUAGCCACUUCUAUAGGCAAAGGUCAUGAGAGUCCUCCUGGAAGUCGUUGUGUGAUCUCAGAGUUUAUACGACCCCUUCAAGUAUCUGGAGACAAACCAGAACAAUUGUCUGUCAAACCUACAUUCCUGUCCAAAUCAAGAUCUGGUACCCCAAGAUGCAGAUUUGAUUCAGACAUGGAUAAUGAUCAGAAUUCCAAUACCUCAAAGCAGAGAUAUUCUGGGAAAGUCCAUCUUUGCAUUGCCCGCUAUAGUUACAACCCUUUUGAUGGACCAAAUGAAAAUCCAGAGGCAGAGCUCCCUCUUACGGCAGGAAAGUACCUUUAUGUGUAUGGAGACAUGGAUGAAGAUGGCUUUUACGAAGGGGAACUUCUAGAUGGACAAAGAGGACUAGUCCCUUCAAAUUUUGUGGAUUUUGUUCAAGACAAUGAGACCCGGCUAUCAAGCACAUUAAGCAGCGAACAAGAUCAGAAUUUUAUCAACCAUUCAGGUCCUACUUUGGAAGGAGAUCUCUUGGAGAUAAGCCCACCAACUCACAUAGACUCUAGUGUAAUCAGCAAUGGUGCAGGGACUCUGGAUGUGAACAUUGAUGAAAUUGGAGAAGACAUUGUGCCUUAUCCUAGAAAAAUCACCCUUAUUAAACAACUAGCCAAAAGUGUCAUUGUGGGCUGGGAGCCACCAGUAGUGCCACCCAGAUGGGGAACCAUUAGUAGCUACAAUGUUCUGGUUGACAAAGAAGUCCGGAUGAACGUAGCCUUGGGAAGCAGAACAAAAGCUCUUAUAGAAAAGCUGAACAUUUCUGCCUGUACCUACAGAAUAUCAAUCCAGAGCAUCACAAACAAGGGUAACUCAGAUGAACUGCAGUGCACUUUGUUAGUUGGAAAGGAUGUCAUAGUAGCCCCCUCUAAUCUUAAAGUAGAUAACAUCACCCAGAUUUCUGCUGAGCUGUCCUGGCUCCCUACAAAUAGUAAUUACAGUCAUGUGAUCUUUCUUAACGAAGAAGAAUUUGACGUUGUCAAGGCUGCUAGCUACAAGUACCAUUUUUUUAAUUUGAAGCCCAAUAUGGCCUACAAGGUGAAAGUCAUGGCAAAGCCCCAUCAGAUGCCCUGGCAGCUUCCCCUGGAACAACGAGAAAAAAAGGAAGCCUUUGUGGAAUUUUCUACAUUGCCAGCAGGUCCUCCAGCUCCACCUCAAGAUGUUACUGUACGGGCUGGGUCCAGCCCAGCAACCAUACAGGUGUCCUGGAAACCACCAACUCUGACAGCAACAGGGACCUCCCACGGUGCCAAUGUCACAGGCUAUGGUGUUUAUGCAAGAGGUCAAAGGGUGGCAGAGGUGAUUUUUCCAACAGCAGAGAACACACUGGUGGAGCUAAUGAGGCUGAGGAGUUUGGAAGCCAAGGAAGUCACAGUUCGAACACUCUCUGCACAAGGGGAAUCAGUGGACUCUUCUGUUGCUGCCAUUCCAUCUGACCUACUGGUGCCUCCAACCCCUCACCCCAGAACUAUUCCCAAAUCUAAGCCAUUAGCAAGUGCCGGAGCCCCAGAAACCAAAGAGGAACAUUUAGGUCCACAUUUAAAAAUGGAUGAGUCAUGGGAGCAGACUCGUCAGGCAUCUCCUGUCCAUGGACACAUGCUUGAGCCACCUGCCCCUAAUUUCCACGGCCAGCUUCAGGGGAGGAGGUCUCCAUCACCUAACAGAAUACUCCCUCAGCCUCAAGGCACACCUGUCCCACACACUGUUGCAAAAGCCAUGGCAAGAGAAGCUGCACAACGAGUUGCAGAGAGCCAUAGGAUGGAGAGGAGGAGUGUUUUUAGUGAGAGGAGUAAUGCAGCCCAGUAUGCUAAUUCAGAUGAUGAGGAAGAUGGCUAUGAUUCUCCUAAUGUCAAAAGAAGGGGGGCUUCAGUUGAUGAUUUCCUGAAAGGGUCAGAACUUGGAAAGCAACCUCACUAUUGCCAUGGUGAAGAGUACCACACAGAGAGCAGCAGAGGUUCUGACUUGUCUGAUAUUAUGGAAGAGGAUGAGGAGGAGCUGUACUCUGAAAUGCAGCUGGAGGAUGGAGGAAGGCGAAGAGUCAGUGUGACUUCACACAAUGCACUUAAGGAGUACGAUAAGAAUAAGACCACUGAAGCCUCUUUUUUGGAACAGCCUGACUUUUCACAGCAGAUGCAUCACAGUAAAAAGCUUUUCAGUAUUCCAGAAGUAGCUGAAGAGGAUGGUGAAUACUCUGAACUGCUGUACAAGCAGGGUUUAGGUAUGCCCUAUAAAAAGAAUCCCACAAUAGCUAGAGACUCUAGACAACCUAGGCCCUACAAUCAAGACCAGCAGCACAACAUCUGGUACCCAGCCAAGCACAGAAUUUCAGGCAUGGAGGAUUUUGCUGCAGAAGACAAAGGAUGUAAAUAUAGCCGGUCCUUAUCCAGGAGCCCAGACAGUGGACUGGACUGUGGAAGUGAAGAAGAGGAAUCCCGGUUUAAUUUCAGAUACACCUAUGAUUCAGUCUCUGCCAACCUUGCACCCAGCUGUUGUGCAGAGACCACUACCUGUUCCUGCAGGAAAAGCAUGAGGCCAUUGCUUGCUCGCAGGAAAACUUUAACCAGACAAAGCAGCAUCGAAGAAGAUUUUGGUGACCUGGGUCCUUCCUAUGUAGAACCCAGGAGUGAACAGGUCAAGCCCAGUUACGAGAAAAAGUAUGAGACUCAGAAAUGUAAUAGAACAGAUAAUUUCCUUAAUGAAGAUGUUCAGGGAGGCUGGAAGACCGACUUAAAAAUGGCUGACACUAGGGCAGCUGGUCUACUUGCAAAGCCAUCCCACAGAGAUGCAGAAGACUCUCUGCUUUUAGGUAAUCCAUCAUCUGCAGGACGGCCUGAAAGGGCGGAGCAUGCAGGGCGAAGGUCCUCUCAUGGCAGUGCAGUGCCACAAAGGUCUCGACCAAUGUUGGUCCCUUCCAUUGAAAUUACAAUGGACAGUAACAGUGAAGGCGGUCGGUCUCGGUCAGGUAGUGAGGGAAAUAUUUCACCUGUAAAAGAAGAAGCUUAUUAUCCCAGCAUUGGACACAAGAAAUGGGCUCAGCAGCGUGCCAUGGCCUCUGACUAUAGACACGAUGGCUAUGGUGGUCGUGACCAUCUUUCUCCAGAUAUUUAUGAAGAAUCAGAAACUGAUCCAGGCACAGAGGAUAUUUCUACUCGAAUAUUUGUUGCACUCUUUGACUAUGAUCCGCUGACAAUGUCCCCAAAUCCUGAUGCUGCAGAAGAAGAGCUGCCAUUUAAGGAAGGACAAAUCAUUAAGGUUUAUGGGGACAAAGAUGCUGAUGGAUUCUAUCGUGGAGAAACCUGUACAAGAAUUGGCCUUAUCCCAUGUAAUAUGGUCUCUGAGAUCCAAGCAGAUGAUGAGGAGAUGAUGGAUCAGCUUCUGAAACAAGGCUUUCUUCCUUUGAACACGCCAGUUGAGAAAAUAGAAAGAAACAGAAGGAGUGGCAGGCAGCACCCCGUGUCUACAAGGAGGAUGGUGGCACUGUAUGACUAUGAUCCAAGAGAAAGUUCUCCCAACGUUGAUGUGGAGGCUGAGCUGACAUUCUGCACAGGGGACAUUAUCACUGUCUUUGGUGAAAUUGAUGAAGAUGGGUUUUACUAUGGUGAACUUAAUGGACAAAAGGGGCUGGUUCCUUCCAACUUUCUAGAAGAAGUGCCUGAUGAUGUUGAAGUCUUUCUAUCUGAUGCACCCUCGCCAUACGUUCACGACACCCCGAUGCGUACAAAAGCAAAAAGGGUUCCUCCUGAGAAUACAGGUACAUCACGGAGAGCACCAUCCCCCACAGUCCAUCUCCAUUCUGGGUCACCUACGUCACCUAUGGGUUCUGGUAGUCCCGGGAGAGGCAGGGAUAUGUCCUCGAAAAAGAAAAAGGGGCUGCUUUCCAAAGGCAAGAAACUGCUGAAAAAGCUUGGUGCAGUGAAAUGAUUCAUGUACUCCUGGACAACCUGUAAAGCUUCCAGUCUGUGUAUUUUUUUUUUUUCCAAACGUCAAAACUAGGGCUUUCAUGACUAUGCAGUAGUCAUACCAAACCUUGGCAUUUUUAACUCUGACAUCAAUAGUAGUAACUAUUGGUUAUAAUGUGAAAUAAUGUUGGAAUAAUGUGAAACACUUAAUCUAAACAGCAAGGAAAAAGGAAGUGGAUUUGUUGCAAAUAUUUUUUUUCCUAAAAAAAUUUUUAAAAAUUGUAAGAUUAAGACCAGAAGAACAUGGUUUUAUUUCAAGUCAACUCACCACCUGCAAGUCCACUGGAUAAAUCUCAGCUUUUAGUCUUCUUUAACCAUGAGUGGGGGGGGAGGGGAAGAGAACUCAAUUGAUUCCUGGUUCAGAGAUAUCAGCCCACUGUAUCAAAUCUUUAUCAUAAACAGAAAUGGUCUUGAAACUCCUAGUUUAAUCAGCCUUGAUGUUUUGCCUUAUUAAUGCACAAUGAUUUGUACUGUCUAAUAAAUAUGCAGCGUAUACUUUGUAUGUACUGUGUAUUCAACUGUCUUCAUCUUCCCUAAAACAAGGUAAUUUAAGAUCAAGUACAUUACUGACUCCAUUCAAUGUAUGAUGUAACUCCUGGGAGUUUGAAAGUGCUGUGCAAAAUGCUCUUUUUUGUUUUUGCUUCCCCCCCCCCUCCCAAUCAACCCCUUUAUAUAAUUUAUUUUCACUAAACAGAAAUUAGAUGCAGUGUAAAUUAUUCAGAGACUCACCCCAUUUCAACCAUGCAACCUCCAGUUCCUGGUUCACUGUUCUAAGUUACCGGGAAAAACAAAACAAAAUAAAACAACAAAACCACCUAUUACUCCCCAACUGCUUUUCCUGUAGAGGAACAAUCCUCAGUUCCAAGGCACUAUCAGAUUGCUGAUGUCAGCUUCAAGAUAAAGUGCAUGUCUAAAGUUAAAAAUACUGUGUUACAUACACAGGCCACAGCCAGUAAAAAGGCUGCAACAGGUGAUGAUUGAAUAUUAAUUGCAAUAUUGGCAUCAAGAAAAAAAAACCUUACACAUUGAUGGCAGUAAUUGGCUGUAUUUUGUAAUUCUUGUCCAUUUGUAAAUUGUUUUUACUGUUUAUACAUACUUUUCAGACUGCCUUUCUUUUUGUAAUUUAUGGAAGGUUUAUAAAUGAAUGAUCAAAGCUUCCCCAUUGUGUCUUCAGAUAAUAAUGUAAAUUACUGUAAGAUACCGUCUGCUAGAUUAUAAUUAAAGAAAAUAACUGGCCUAAAUUUGUGGUAAAGUACUGUGUGGGUGUGUGCAUGUGUACAA